AUGAUGCUGCGUACGUCAACGCGCAAAGGGCUCGUUCGGUUGGCCGGGUCGCAAAGGAGGGCGUUGAGCGUCGUGCAGGACGCGGUGGACGUCGAGCCUGCUGCCAGCGCCGAGGACGCCAAUACCAGAGAAGCAUGGCUCUUCGUCGACUCCGUCUUUCCCACCCGCCUGGGCUCAUGGGAUCUACGCUAUCUAUGGGGCGACUGUCAACGCGACCGCGUUCUCGAACGCCUGAAUGCCCUUCUGACGUCAACACAACCGCACGGCUUCCAACCCUUGUCACUUGAGCCUCAUCAUAAGGACGGAGGUGUCUUCGUCAGAUUCAAAUAUAACGCCUCUGAGCUUGAGGAUGUGCUACCUGCCAUCGAACGUACACUCAAGAAACAUGCUCAGUCGCACGGCGGUGUACCCUCGACUACAUUCCUCAACCGUGGAAGCAUCUGGCUCGUACGCGGCAAACCAUGGCGCGAGGACAUGAACCGCUUCCCGACCCAAAUCCUCCGUGUAGCCUUCGACGGCCCCGACCUCUCCGAAGAAUCCCUCUACGCCUCCUUCCGCCCCUUCGGCCGCAUCCGCGACCUCUCCCCACCCUCCGCAGUACCAAACACGCCCUACCGCGCAUCACGCAUUACAUUUAAAACCUUCCGUUCGUCAAUCAUCGCACGGAACGUACUGUACGGGAACACCGUCGACGGGACGAGGUUGAGAGCAUUCUACGAGCCGCCUGUGAAUGCGCAUGCGUUAAGGGACUGGAUCACGAACCAUCCGCGCUUGAGCAUACCUGUCCUACUCUUCCUCUUUGGCACAAUCACACUGGCGGUAUUCGACCCGGUCCGCACCUUCCUCGUCGAAGCCAAAAUGCGCGACUGGCUCGACUACCGCUCGCUAUCCGCGUACCAGUGGAUACGCAAGAACGUGCCCAUCGGUCACAGUGGGGACGCGGAUGAGGAAGAGGACGUCGAGGCGGCAUGGCAGCAGAGGGCAGAGGCUAAGGACGCGCUCGCGGCGUACGUUAGCGAUGUGCCGAGUACGAUCUUGUUUGUGCAUGGGCCGCAGGGGAGCGGGAAGGGACGGAUGGUUGAUCGAUUGGUCAAGGAGCAGCACCGCCCUACGCUCAACAUCGACUGCGCCGAAAUAACCAAAGCCCGCUCCGACGCCCAACUCAUCAGCGCCCUAGCUCGCGCUUUGGGCUACUGGCCCGUCUUCCCCUACCUCAACAACAUGAACAACCUCAUCGAUAUGGCGACUAAGGGUCUUAUCGGACAACCUGCAGGACUUAGCACAAGUAUUCCCGAACAGGUCAGCCAAAUCCUCGACAUCGCCUCCGCCGCCAUCCAAGACCUCAAAGCCCGCGAAGCCGCCGCCUCAUCCGACACGAUCAAAAAAAUGCGCAAAGCGUCCAAAAAGCGCGACCAGGCCGAGCGCUCGUGGUGGGACGUCGUCCGCGGGAUAUGGCACGACCCGCGCCAGGACGUCAUCGCCGCGCCCGGCGUCGGCGAUCUGGGCAUCGGCGACGAGCGGCUGGACAAUGAGAAGGAUGCGUUAGAGCCGCCGCCGGGCGCGCUGGCGCUGAAGGAGACGCAUAUGAUACCGGGCGUGGACGAUGUGGAUCGGAAUGGGGCGACAAGGAAGGAUAGGCCUGAGGCGGAGCAGAGCGCUGUGCGCGCCCUGCCGCUUAUUGUGCUUCGCAAUUUCAGCUCUAGUACCGGCUCGACGGGGCGGGACGCGGUGAUGGACGUCGUAGCGCGUUGGGCGGCAACACUGGCUGAGGGCGGAUUGGCACACGUCGUCGUGCUUGCCGACAACCGCGAAGACUCUCGCUCAUUAGCCAAAGCGCUCCCCGCGCGCCCACUGGUGAACGUCGCCCUCACCGACGCAGACGCCGAAAGCGCCCGCGGCCUGAUGCGCGCCCGACUUCGAGCCGUAGGCAUCAAAGAAGACCUCGACGACUCCUCGCUCAAAGCCAUCGACAAGCUCGGCGGCCGCGCCUCCGACCUCGCCGGCGUCCUCCGCAAAGUCCGCGCGGGCGCGACGGUCGAAGCGGCCGUCGAAGAGAUCGUCGCGCGCGGGGCCGGCGAGCUCCGGAAGGCCGCUUUCGGCGACGACGCGGAGGACGCGCGGGCGCUGCCGUGGACGCGGGCGCAGGCGUGGGCCGUAUUGAGGGGGCUGGUGCUGGGGCAGAGUGGGGAGCUACCGUAUGCUGCUACGCUUGCUGCGCAUCCGUUUGGUGGGGAUGGAGGGGAGGGGGCGUUGAGGGCUAUGGAGCGCGCUGAGAUUGUGUCGAUCUCUACUGUUGACGGGCGGCCCGCUGCUAUUCGUCCUGGACGGCCAGUGUUGCGAUACGUCUUCGAACGGCUCGUUGCGGACGAAGUAUGGCGCGCGGCGAUGGAGAUUGAGUAUAACGGACCGUUGGUGGACAAGGCCGAGUCUACUGUGCGCAAGAGCGAGGACGAGCUCGAGCUGCUGGGUAAGAUUGGCCUGGACAAGCAGGGCUGGUUCGGUGGGGAGAGCGCAGCGCAGAUUAGGGCGAAGUAUGUGAUUGCGAAGAUGAAGGACGCGCAGAGGGAUUUGGAGAGGCUGGAGAAGGAGAAUGCUGCAUGGAAGAAGGUGUUGGCGAAGGAUGACGCCCCUGUUCUCUCCUCCUGCUCUCACCUGCCUAUCACGAUGUCUUCAGAACUCGAGUGCGUUCAGCAUCUUCGAGAGCGCUUCAAGGCGAUGCAUUGCGCCGAGAUCGUUGCCAACUGGUCGUCGACGGCUCGGGAGCGCUCCCAGGUCUCACAACGACUCCAUCAAGAUGCCACAACUCUCAGGGAGAUUCUCCGAGAAACGAAUGCUCAGCUUAAUACGCUCGCGCCUAUCGGCCGUCUACCUCAGGAGAUCCUAGGAACGGUUUUCAAUUUGGUCGCAGAGGCUGAACUCCCCCAGUGCGCGGCUGCAAACACUGCGGGUAGCCUUGGCUGGGUACGCCUCUUGCAGAUAUGCAGAGGCUGGCGCGAGCUCUGCAUUGGAAUGCCAUCUCUUUGGGGAAGAUCUCUCGGCCGACUGCCCCGUGCACUUCCUAUUUUCGUGAAGAGGGCAGGGGAUCACGUUCCCCUCGACUACUAUCUGUCGACAGGGUGGGACCGCAGGCUGCACGGAGAUCAGUACCCCCCAUUCACUGAUCUGGACGUAUUACACAGCGUGUCUCAACGCGUCGAAAGGCUCGAGUUGCGCAAUGGCUCCUUCACCGAUUCCCUAUCCAUUCAAAACGCACUCGCGAUAGGCAGUUUCGACGCCCUACAGCAUCUUCGAAUUGAGAGCUACGCUGUCCCCAACAUCAGAUCACCUCUCAAAGCAGACGCCCUGCUGACAAUACACUUCCGACACUUCUUCAUGCCAUUCGUCGCCCCACGCCUGACGACGCUUUCCCUGCAUGCAAUGCACGUCGCUUUUGAUAUACCGACAUUGUACAACACAUUGCAAAGUUGCCCGUUACUGGUUUGA